AUGCCGCAUAAGCGUUCCAAACGCUCCUUGCGAGAGAAGCAACGCUCGGCAUCAUCUCUCAAUCUACCGCCAACAUCAACCAAUGCAAUCGAGAAAGAAGAUAUACCAAAAGGAGCAGCACGCAUUUUGUACGCGAACAAAAUCCAAGAAGAAUACCGGGAUCGCAAGCGCAAGGCACAGGUGGACGGAGCGGAGCCCGAUUCGCAGGGCCAGGGAUCACGCAAGAAACAGAGGCGGAGCGAGGCCGACGGCGAUGCGCGAAAGAGCGGGAAGGUGGAGAUGAAAAUUCAGCCGGGGGAGUCUAUGAUGCAUUUCAACCGGCGGGUGGAAGACUCGAUGCGCGGUGUCGUGCGCACAGCUAUGAAGCACUCCUCCACCGUGUCGCGCAAAUCACGAAAGGAAGAGGAGGAGGCCCUCCGCUCCGCGAAAAGCGCAGGCAAGAAGCCUCAGCCAGCUCGCUCACAAACGCCCGAAGCCCUACCUGCGACUCAAGACAGCCAUAGGGCAUCUAGCCGAGAACAUGGGCCUAAGGACUUUGAGCGCCUCUCCACCUCCGCGCCGAAGCGUCUGAACGACAUCGUGCUGGCGCCGCCAGACCUCAAAAAACUCCCCCGCGGCGCGAAGCCAAAAGCACCCUCCACAGGGGCGGGCGAAGUGGCGUCGACACUCAGACAGGGCGCGCUGUCUAUGGCGCAGAAGGCAAUGCUGGAGGAGGAGCGCGUUAGGGUGGUCAAGCUCUAUCGGGAGAUGAAGAAGGCGAAGGCGGGCGGAUAA